AUGGCCAAAGCGCCACCGUCAAUCUCUCUCCUCCUCCUCCUCUCCACCGCCGUAUUUCUCACCAUCCCCACCGCGAUAUCCGCCAUCGGCGUCAACUACGGAACUCUCGGAAACCUCCCACCGCCGACUCAGGUUGCAAACUUCCUCAAGACUCAGACUUCUAUCGAUAGCGUCAAGAUCUUCAACGUGGAUCCCAAUAUCCUCCGUGCCUUUGCCGGUACAGGAAUCUCCGUCGUCGUCACCGUUCCUAAUGGUGAUAUUCCGGCGUUAGCUAAUGGGAUGCAAGCUCGUCGGUGGGUUUCGGCUAAUAUACUACCGUUUCAUCCUCAGACGAAGAUCAAAUAUAUCUCCGUAGGAAAUGAGAUUCUGCUCACCGGAGAUAGUAACAUGAUCUCGAAGCUUUUACCGGCGAUGAGGAGUCUUAACAGUGCUUUGUUUCGAGCUGGUGUCAGAGAUAUUAAGGUUACAACCGCACACUCACUUAACAUCAUAGCCUAUGACCUGCACGGUGCACCAAGCAGAGGUCGAUUCAGACCUGGCUGGGACAAAGGCAUUUUGGCUCCAAUCCUGGCUUACCAUCGCCAAACCAAGUCUCCUUUCAUGGUUAACCCCUAUCCUUACUUCGGUUUCGACCCUAAAAACGUCAACUUCGCAAUUUUCCGUUCACCGUAUAAGGCGGUACGUGACCCGUUCACACGCAAAAUCUACACAAACAUGUACGAUGCUCUCAUGGACUCAACUUACUCAGCCAUGAAAGCUCUUGGCUACGGAGAUGUUAACAUCGUCAUCGGAGAGACUGGCUGGCCGUCUGCUUGCGAUGCACCUUGGUGCUCUCCAGCAAACGCGGCUUGGUUCAACCUCAACGUUAUAAAACGUGCACAAGGCCAAGGAACACCUCUCAUGCCUAAAAGACGGUUCGAGACUUACAUUUUCGGUUUGUUUAAUGAAGAAGGCAAACCCGGUCCAACCGCUGAGCGAAACUGGGGGCUUUUCCGAGCUGAUUUCUCUCCGGUUUACGACGUUGGCCUCCUCCGAAACGGUGGUGGUAAACGUCCAGCACCAGCAUUGCCAGCGCCUAGUACUGCUGCUGGUGGUAAAUGGUGUCGAAACUGGGGGCUUUUCCGAGCUGAUUUCUCUCCGGUUUACGACGUUGGCCUCCUCCGAAACGGUGGUGGUAAACGUCCAGCACCAGCAUUGCCAGCGCCUAGUACUGCUGCUGGUGGUAAAUGGUGUGUGGCUAAGUCGGGAGCCACUAAUGCGCAGUUGCAAGGGAAUAUUGAUUGGGUGUGUAGUCAGGGAGGCGUUGAUUGUAAACCGAUACAAGCCGGUGGCUCGUGCUUUAACCCUAGUAGUUUGAGGACUCAUGCUUCUUUUGUGAUGAAUGCUUAUUACCAGAAAAACGGUCGCAAUGACGGGUCGUGUCAUUUCAGUGGAACCGGAGUCGUUGUAAGGAAGAACCCAAGUAAUAGUUCGUGCAAGUUCUAA